AUGUUUAUGCGCAACGUUUUGAUCGCGGCUGUCAGCCUGCAAGCCCUUGUUGAGGGUGUGAUUGCCCACGAUAAGCCAGAGAAGGUCACACUCACUAAGUUUGUUACCAAACACAAGGCCAAGCCUACCGCCGCUGCCGCGGGUGACAACCCUUAUGAGCUGCCUCCUAACCAGCCCGACGAGCCUGAGGUGACCGUUAUUCCUACAUCGUUCAUCACCGACGGAACUACCAUCUUCGUUGACGAGACCGUCACUAUUCCUUGCUCCAGGUGCACAGCUAGCACAGCUGGCGAUGCUGAUGCUGAGGUCACCUCUGAGGUCAUCACCACUGUCAUUUCCAGCGAGGAUGGCAACGUUUCGGACCAGACUGCUGAGGUGACCGUUAUUCCUACCUCUUACGUUACCGACGGAACUACCAUCUUUGUUGACGAGACCGUCACAAUCCCUUGCUCUAAGUGUGCUGCUACUAAGACUGGUGGCGAGGCCGAUGCUGAGACUACUUCUGAGGGCGUCUUUGUGACCUCUCCUCCUUCUGAGGAGACUACUGGCGGUGAUUCUGAUGCCGAGGGCACCUCUGCUCCUGCUGAGGUCACAACUGCUGACGACUCUGAGCCUGAGGUGACUGUCAUCCCUACCUCUUACAUCACCGAUGGAACCACCAUCUUUGUUGAUGAGACCGUUACGAUUCCUUGCUCCAAGUGUGCUGCCACCAAGACUGGUGGUGACUCUGACGCUGCCGGCACCUCUGAGGCUGUCACUGAGGCCGAGACUCUCUCUACUGCCGACGCCACUGACUCCGGCUUCAUUACUGAACAGACUGCCGAUAUCACCACUGUCGUCCCUACCUCUUUCAUCACCAAGGGUACUACCCGCUUUGUUGAUGUGACCAUCACCAUUCCCUGCACCAAGUGCGCUGGUGGUAAGAACACCAACACUGCUGCCACUGAUGAUGCUGAGGAGACCACCGCUGCUUUCGAGACCACUGGCGCUACCCAGAAGGGUGCUGAGACCUCCGCUCCCGCUGAUGAGACCACCGAUGUUGAGGAGGCUACCCAGCCCGCCAACUCCGCUACUGAUGAGGUUGAUGCCAGCACUGAGGCCGCGACCCCCAUCCCUACCAUCAUUCUCACCACCGGUAACAGCCAGAACACUUUCACUUCUCAGCCCGGUCCUUUCGCCAACACUACUGUUGCCGCUGGUGCUGAGACCACUGGUGCCGACCAGCUCCCCAGUGCCGUCACCUCCGAGGCCGCCACCAGCAGCGCUGUCAUCAGCAAGGUCAACAAGCCGGUCAUCGUUGUCAUUCGUGAGGUCACCAUCUUCCAUCGCACUGUUGUUAUCGGUGCUGCCUGCCCCCCUGUCAAGCGUGGCAACAAGGGUGACUUCGUUGUCGGUACCGGCUCCGAGGAGCAGACCUUCCCUGAGGUUGGCGAGGCUCUUGACGAUGCUUGCUCCAAGCAGUUCAAGGGUUGCUCCAAGAACGCUGGCAAGAACUUCGAGGUUAGCGAUUGCCAGAAGCAGCUCGAGAUCUGCCGCAGUGAUGCUUCCUCCACCGCCAAGGCCCCUACUGGCGACAUGAAGGAGUCCACUGAGACCGCUUCCAUUGUCCUUCCUUCCGAUGCCAAUGUUACCGGCAAGGACAACAAGGGUGCCCUCGGUGGUCACGUUGUCAUCUCCACUCGAACUCUGACUGUCUCCGAGUCUUGUGUCAUCUCUGGUGGUACUCCCGUCAUCACCAACCCUGCCUCCACUGAUGCUGCCGAGACCACUGCUCCCGCUGAUGCUGAGACUACCGCUGAGGCCGAGGCUACCUCUGAUGCUGAGGCCGCUGCCUCUACCGCUCUUGGCGCCGAGACUUCCGAGGCCGUAACUGUUGUUACUGGAACCAAGACUGGCGUCGUUGUCGUCACCAUGACCAACUCUGAUGGCGAGGUUAGCACAACUGUCAUGACUCUUACCAACGGUGUUCCCACCGGUACUGGCACUGUUAUCGUCCCUGGUAACACUGAGGUCGAGUCUUCUGCUGAGGCUGUCCCUACCUCCGAGGCCCCCGUUGAGACCAUCCCCGUUGCUGAGACCACCGCCGUUGGUGAGGGCUCCAGCGCUCUUGGUGUCGGUACUACUGAUGCCGAGACUAUUGUCACUGAAACCAAGACUGGCGUCGUUGUCAUCACCAUGACCAAGUCUGACGGUGAGAUCAGCGUUACCUCCAUGACCCUCAGCAACGCUCUUCCCACUGGAACCGGAACUGGCGUUGUCGUUGUCCCUGGCAGCGGCGAUGAGGCCACCGCUGAGGUUCCCGUUAUCACCUCUGUUAUCGUCCCCAGUGGCGCUGACCAGACCAGCGUUGAGGCACCUGCCGAGACCACUGAGACCGCCAUUGGCCAGGAGACCACCGUGGUUGACAAGACUGUCACUAAGACCAUCACCAACCAGGUUACUUCCUACGUCACCGUCGGUGUCAACACUGCCACCGUCGGAGUUGAGACCAUCACCAAGACCCUGACCAACGAGGUCACCGAGACUGUCACCUUGUCUUGUGGUGGUGGCCAGAACGCCAACGUUGUCACCUCAGUUGUCACCAUGUGCCCUGCUCCUACCACCAUGGCUACCACCCAGAGCCGCGAGCCUGAGACCGUCUAUGUGACCGCCACUGUCGAGGCUCUCCGCAUGCACAGCUCCGUGCCUGCCCCUGAGCGCUUCCGCCGCAUGUUGGGCUUCUGGUAA